UUGUUUAUUCACAAUCGGAUCGGGAAGAUGUUUACAUUUUCGUUUUGUUAAAGCGAAGGUAUCGGUUUAAGAUGUUCUAAAAAAGACUUUAUAGAACGAGAGUAUUCGGAGGCAAAAUUAACAGUUAUUGGGAAAAUUAAUAAUGUCUGGUUUUAUCGCUGUGCAUUCAGGUGCGGGAAAUAUUGUAGAUGAAACGAAAUACCAGCGCGUUAUAAAAGAAGCAUGUAUAGUGGCGACAGAUAUUUUGAAAAAUGGUGGCUCUGCAAUGGAUGCUUGCGAAGCGGCUAUUAUUCGACUUGAAAAUUGUGGUAAUACAAAUGCAGGAUUUGGCUCAAAUCUGUGUUGGGAUGGUCAUGUCCAGUGCGAUGCUUCCAUUAUGAACGGCUCAAAUUUGCAUUUUGGAGCAUGUACCAAUGUUUCAACGGUUAAAAAUCCUAUUCAGUUGGCCCGAAUAUUGUGUGAAGGUCAGGAAAGAAUGCUUUCAAUGGAACGCAUACCUCCUAUGGUAAUGGCAGGCGUUGGAGCCGAAAAUUUUGCGGAGGAAAUGGGAUGUGCUAUGAUAGAUGCAAGUGCAAUGAUAUCGUCAAAAGCAAAGUUCACCUACAACCAUUACAAGUCGAAGGUAGGCGAUGCAGCGAAAGUUACUAGUACAAAAAUAGAAAACUCCAGUGAUCCAUCUGAAACGGUUGAGACAUCAGAUGUUAGUCCAUUAGAUACGGUGGGAGCAGUAUGCGUUGAUAGUACGGGUAAUUCGGCGGCUGGUUGCAGUUCGGGCGGACUAAUAUUAAAAGUUCCUGGCCGCGUAGGACAAGCGGCCACCUAUGGUGCAGGUUGUUGGGCCACUGACACAGACGAUCUGUCGGUUGCCACAUGUACAACGGGGAAUGGAGAGUAUCUCAUGAAAACUUUUCUUGCAAAGGAGAUAUGCACUGAUUUAUUCACCUCCGAUUGCGCCGUCACCAGUCUUCACAAAACAUUCAAAGCAAAAUUCCUCGAAUCGCCAUUUCUUCCAGCCGACCAAUGCCUCUAUGGUGGAGCUUUAUCCCUAAUCUAUUACCCGAAAAAUAACUGUGGGGAGGUGCUAUGGAGCCACACGACAAAGUCAUUUUGCGUAGGUUACAUGUCAACGCAACAGAAAACGCCAAAAUUUGUCUAUUCACCAUUGCCAACGUACAGUCUGCCUGGGAAGUCGAGUGUAGUGAACGGACACAAUUUCCAUCUGCGUGUUUAGUUUGACGUCUAAUUGUAUUUUAAAUGUUCAUUUUUCGGUGACACACACACAUAUGUAUAGUAUGUACGUUAUAACAACGAUCUCCGAUACGACAUGCAAAGGAGGAUAAUAAUGACCACGCUAAGAUCAUAAUACUUUUACAAAUGGCAGCGCCGACCGCAAUGAUGAUUAUGAUGGCAAUGACAUCCACAUUUUUUUCCUAUUAAGAUCAUGUUCCUCUCAUGCAAAAAGAAGAAAGAACAAUUCUUGUCAUUCUCUUCUGCCGAAUUCAUCGCCCAAGUAAUAACCGUUUUAUUUUUGCAUUAUAUGUCUCAAGUUAUAUAGUGAACACAUGCGAAAUUCAUUGAAAAUGGAAGAGAUAUUAUUCUUGCGUUUUUCAUAUUCUCCCAACCAACUAACCAGCCAACCAAUCUAUUAAGUUUGUAUGUAUUUAUCUGUUUGUACUGUGUGCAGCAUUGUGAGUUUCAUUUGUUUUGUGUGCGAAUAAAAAUAUAGUAUACCUACACAUUUAUAUACAAUACACACGUACAAAAGAAAUUAAUCUAUGAAUAAAAGCAACGAAGGAUAAACCAAA